GUCUGAGAGUGAGAGUGAGAGUGAGAGAGUGGCAUUCCUUCAAUUCCGACUCCAAUGGCAGCCUCUGCUCUCUCCAAUGCAAUCCUCUCUCCCGUUUCUCCUCCUUCUCAAUCUGUUUCCUCUAAACCCAAAACCUCACUUGUCAAAUUCCCUAACCCCAGAUCUAAACCCUUCAUAGCGCUUUGUUCCUCUGAUUCCGAUGCUGCUCCUAAUCAUGAUGCUACCCCCAUUGAAUUAAGGUAUCCCGCAUUCCCAACCGUCAUGGACAUCAACCAGAUUCGUGAGAUUUUGCCCCACAGGUUUCCUUUUCUUCUAGUAGAUAGAGUGAUUGAGUACAACCCUGGAAAGUCUGCAGUUGCCAUCAAGAAUGUAACCAUCAAUGACAACUUCUUCCCCGGCCACUUCCCCGAAAGGCCAAUCAUGCCUGGUGUUCUAAUGGUUGAGGCAAUGGCACAAGUUGGUGGUUUGGUCAUGUUGCAACCUGAUGUGGGAGGCUCUCGUGAAAACUUCUUCUUUGCCGGAAUAGACAAAGUGCGAUUUCGUAAGCCUGUGAUUGCAGGAGACACCUUAGUCAUGAGAAUGACACUUAUUAAGUUGCAAAAGCGAUUUGGAAUAGCAAAGAUGGAAGGGAAGGCAUAUGUUGGAGGCGAAGUUGUGUGUGAGGGUGAGUUCUUGAUGGCUACUGGCUCGGGAGGGAGUGAAUAGUUAGACAUAUCCCUUCCAACUAGAAUAGAGUUGAUUUUGCUGCGUGUCUUUUGAAUUUUGAUUAAAUGCUUCUGCGUUUGAAUGCAGAACUUUGUGAACGCCUAUUUAUGUAUUUUUCAUGAAAUCUAUCUUGUUCUUAUGAUUA